AUGACAAGUAUACGUCGCGCUUUUAAUAGCAAGUCCAAAGAUGUGCAAGUACCAGUUGGCGUUGAUCCAGUUGGACGUAGUAUCCCCGAGAAAGUGAAGAGUGGCAGGAGAGUUGAUGACGCGCGCACUAGCAUGUUGCAACAAUUUAUUAGGCAAUUCACCCCAGAUCGUGGCUCUACCUCAGAGUCCCAGCAGAAACGAUCAUCAAGCACACGAAGAAUCAGCUUGAAAGGACGGCGUGGGCGAUCAAUUCAUGCAAGUAGGGAGAAGGUGUCUGGUCAGCCGCAUACGCUUGAAGAAACGAUGAUAGAUAGCGAUAGCACUCUGAAAGUUAUAGAGAGCUUGCCAAAAGAAGUACUAUUGGACAAAAAUCGUAGGAAAAGUUUCCGAGACAGAAUUCGCAGCAAGAGUUUAUACGUGAAGUUGCCCUUAGAAAAGAAGUCCUCUACCCCGACUAAGACGACGAAUUCCUUUAUAAAUCAAACUGUGACAUCAGCGAAAACUGUGGAGCCAUCAUGGGUUCAAAAUGGAAUAGAGGCAAAGAAAGUUAAGAACGUAACGACUAAAGUCAGCAAGCACGACAGAGUCUGCAAGGAGAGUCCCUACGCGACGAAAGGUGAGCAGGUCUAUAUCGUAAAACUCUCAGGGGAGGAUAGGAAGCCGAAAGCUACCGCGAUUUCCACACAAGCAGAGAUACAUUUACUUAAGGCGUAUAGCUCCUCAUCAUUAUUAGGUAGUCACGCGAAGCCGAAUAUGUACAAUUCAUCGUCAUUAGGUGGCUCCCUAUGCUCGAUUGAUCAUUUUCGCAUAGACUCGAUACAAUCCCCGCAGCGCACUCGAACGGAUGUUAAUCGUUCGACGCGAGCCUCUGCGCCAAUGACACUAAGGCCAAUUGCUAGAUCCAACGUCCUACGAAGUAGAAGCUUUAGGAAUCCGAAAGCUACCGCGAUUUCCACACAAGCAGAGAUACAUUUACUUAAGGCGUAUAGCUCCUCAUCAUUAUUAGAUAGUCACGCGAAGCCGAAUAUGUACAAUUCAUCGUCAUUAGGUGGCUCCCUAUGCUCGAUUGAUCAUUUUCGCUUAGACUCGAUACAAUCCCCGCAGCGCACUCAAACGGAUGUUAAUUGUUCGACGCGAGCCUCUGCGCCAAUGACACUAAGGCCAAUUGCUAGAUCCAACGUCCUACGAAGUAGAAGCUUCACCGGGGUAUCUACAAGUAGUGACCACAGUGGUGCUGAUAUUCCUGUAGAUUCGUUCAAGAUACAACGGAGACCCGUCACGCAGUUGGAGAAAUCAGCAAGUAGGAAUACUUCACUCGAGAAAGAAAGACCGGUAGCAGCCAGUAGGCCGUUAGUUCCAGAUCGUUUCGUCUUUGACGAGGGUAUAGCGACGCCUCAAAUUUAUCCGAGACUGAAGAAAAAUAGUGAGUCGACUACACAUGUCAGUAUACUAUCACAUGACUCGCUCAUAAGCAACAAUACUAGAUCACAGCCUGCGAAGGGUACCAAAGUACGCAUCAAUACAUCCAUCGCUGAAGUACAGACGUACGGGCCACAAGAGUAUGAUAGAUCAGCAUCAUUGCAUAUCAAAGACACUCCUGGCAUAGAAAUUUAUCUAGAACUUAUGAAAUUCAAAAUUGACGAGAUGCUCGUGGACCCUGCGUCGAAAUGCAAUAACAAUUACCAUUUAGCCUCCGCGAGCGGUACUCAUAAAACUACGCUCAUUAACAUGCUUGCUGAUCUGCAAUAA